AUGUUCCAGCGCAGGAAGAAGAAGAAGAAGAAGAAGCUGGAGAUUUCGGCGCCGCAGGACUUCCGUCACCGCGUGCACACGUCGUUCGACGCGGCCAGCGGGCGCUACGUGGGCCUGCCCCCCCAGUGGCAGAGCGUCAUCGACACGCUGAGGAGGCCACGCCCCCUAGUGGACACUUCUAGGAUCACACAGAUGCAGGUCUCCAAGACGAUCGUGCGAGGUAGUUUCAUUGGUCACGGUGACUACAUCUCCCACGUCAUCUCCGAGAUGAGCGGCCUAUCCGUGAGUGGCUCAAACUCUCUGCGCCGAAAUAGCCCGUCGGCACGGAAACGGGCGCGCUCGCUGGGCCGGCUGGGCGAGCUGGCCGAGGACCAGUGCUACCAGUACGAGAAGACCGCCGCCGAUGGCGCCACCUACUGGCAGGACCGCAUCCGCCAGGAGAGCACCGCGCUGCACAGAGCCAAGUCCUCCGCCGAGGUGACCACGCCCACUGACGACGAGACCACGCCCACUACCGCCGAGGCCACGCCCACUGCCGCCGGGACAGGUCCCACACAUUCAACAGGAGUUCAGGGUUCUACGGGAGGACCGUACGCCCGCAGCGAGGGGGCGGGGCUUAGACAGAGGCCCACUUCCUGUCAGUACCGCCUGCAGACAGACAUCAGACCUUCGCUGAGACUGCCCGACCUGCUGGCAUCCUCCACACAAACUCCCACAAUGCAUCACUCCUCCUACAACCUCAAGCUGCCCCCCCAACAGCACCAGAAGUCCAAUCAUCACGUCUCGUCCUCAGCGCUCCCUCCGCCCCUCCUCCAGCUUCGACAUCGGUCUGUCUCCCAAACCGCCGGCGGCCCCCACGGCCCCCCACCCCACGGCCCCCGAUGGCCCCCCCUCACCCACGAGCAGUUCAAGGCAGCGCUGCGGACCGUGGUGGACCCGUGCGACCCCCGAGCGGCGCUGCAGGACUUCGUGAGGAUCGGCGAGGGCUCCACCGGCGUGGUGUGCAUCGCCACGGAGACGGGCAGCGGGCGCCGCGUGGCGGUGAAGAUGAUGGACCUGAGGAAGCAGCAGCGCCGAGAACUGCUGUUCAACGAGGUGGUGAUCCUGAGGGACUACCGGCACCAGAACGUGGUGGAGAUGUUCGGCAGCGCUGUGGUGGAGGAGGAACUCUGGGUCAUCAUGGAGUACCUGCAGGGAGGAGCUCUCACACACAUCCUCAGCCACACCAGGCUGAGUGAGGAGCAGACGGCGACGGUGUGUGAAGGCGUCCUGCAGGCCUUGUCUUAUCUUCACUCUCAGGGAGUUAUUCAUCGGGACAUCAAGAGUGACUCCAUCCUGCUGACACUGGACGGGAGGAUCAAACUAUCAGAUUUUGGGUUCUGCGCUCAGAUCAGUAAAGACGUCCCAAAGAGGAAGUCUCUGGUGGGGACUCCGUACUGGAUGGCUCCGGAAGUUAUCUCCAAAACCCCGUACGGGACCGAGGUGGAUGUCUGGUCUCUGGGCAUCAUGGUGGUGGAGAUGGUGGACGGAGAGCCGCCGUACUUCAGUGAGACGCCGAUCAGCGCCAUGAAGAAGCUGAGAGACGAGGCAGCACCAAGCAUCAAGAAUAUACACAGGGUGUCUCCAGUGUUGAAGGACUUCCUGGACUGUAUGUUGACCCGGGACACAGGGACUGCUGCCGCCGAGCAGCUCCAGCACCUCGACUGCUGCAGGCCCGACCUGCUCCAAGCACCUCUUCCUGCUGCAGCUGACCACGCUCGCCAGCUGACCACGCCCGCCAGCUGCCUGGCGCCGCUGGCCCGGCUGACCACACAGCCAACGCACGACCAGCUGACCCGCCUCUCAGCUGACCACGACCUCUCAGCUGACCACGCCUCAGCUGACCACGCCUCUCCAGCUGACCACGCCCGCCAGCUGACCACGCCCUCAGCCGCUCAGCUGACCACACAGCCAGCUGCAGCGACCGCUCAGCUGACCACGCCUCUCAGCUGA